UCCAGUCGUCGCAGUUCUCAUUUGGCAGCGCCCGCAAGUAGGUUACACAUUUUUUUCGCCAGCUCCAAAGCAAGUGAAAGUAACUGAAAGCACCCAGUCACCCACUUGCAGUAGCAGUGCCAUUAUGGAGUACAAACUGAUUGGACCAGAGCAUUACGAAGAGGUGAUAGACCACCUGAGGCGGAACUUCUUUGCGGACGAGCCGCUGAACAAGGCUGCCGGGCUGUGCCAGAAGGGAUUCGGCAAUAGUGAGCUGGAGCACCACAGCCUGGAAACGCUGCACGAUCAGCUCAGCUUGAUGGCCGUGGCUCGCAGCGAAGAACCUGGACAGGUGGGCUGUAAAAUAGCUGGAGUCAUACUGAACGGCAUCCUGCGGCCGGGAGACACUUCGCAGGCGCUGCAGAAGCUUCAGGCGAGCAGCGAUGUUAACUUCAAGAAGAUAUUCGAGCUGCUCUACAGCCACAACCUGAAGGUGGAUCUCUUCGGGCGCUUCAAAGUUGACCGCAUCUUUGAUGUGCGCAUCCUCUCGGUGGACGCGAGCUACCGCGGCCAGGGUAUUGCCAAGGAGCUGGUUAGGCAGGCCGAAUCGCUGGCCCGCAAGCGCGGCUUCCAUCUGCUCAAGGCCGAUGCCACGGGCAUCUUCUCGCAGAAGAUCCUUCGCUCCCACGGAUUCGAGCUCUUUGCCGAACAGCUGUACGCCAAGUACACGGACGCAGCCGGUCAGGUGGUCCUGCCCGUGGAGGCGCCGCACAUUAAGCUCCAGCUGCUGACCAAAAAAGUGGGCCACGACGAUGCUGAUGUGGAUGUGGAGCCACAGUAAGGAGGCCGAUCGCAUGCAACAAUAAUCUUUUGUAUUUUCUAUAGAGACACUCAACAUACAUAGUAUUUAAACAUACACACAGGUAUUGAUAAUCGUAUUGGAAUGUGGACAGGACAGCAGCCUGAUCGGCUGCUUCUGUUUGCGUAAUUGCGUUUGUAAUUGUUGUUGUUUUUUUUUUUAUGGGGACCAACUGCGUUAGAAGCCGCGCGCGUAUCAAUGAUAUACAUAACUAAACUCAAAUAAAGUCCACUGUUGUGCCAAAGAAAUGAUUCGCUUCGACAACGUAGCAGCC